CCGUCCUUCAUUCUCUCUACUCACUACACAUGGGCGAUAGUUACAAAGACGUGUUUCUACUUUUCUAUCAUGAUUUAAUAGUUUGUCGCACAAAGUUAUGCAUUAUUUUUUGAUAAAUUAUGGAAGGCAAUCAAUGCAUAACUUUUGGGGAUUUUACGGAGGAUGAGAAUUUAAUUUACUUUUCUGACGAGGUUGUUAAGUCGAGUGGCAUCGAAUUUCCUCCGGAUUUUCAUGUGCCAAAUUUUGCAAGAAAAUCGAAUGAAGUCAAGCAGAAUGCGGGCGAAGACCUUACCAGCGAAUUUAGUGAUUUAUGCGAGCGUAGCACUGAUCAUACGAGCUUAGAAACGAACGAGGUUAUAGUCCUUGAAAAUGAAAUUUACAACGACGAUGAGCGUCAAACUUUUGAAAGUAACAAUGUGAAGGUAGAAGAAUUUUCUAAUGGCAAUGGUUCAAACUUGAGCAAUUUGAAUACGAGUUAUGAAAAUGGUGGGGAUAAAAGCAAUUUGUUUGAUAAAGAGAAUUAUGUGGUUACUGUGGGAACAAAAACUAUGUUGACAACAUCUACACGAACCGUCGAAUCUCGUAAUAAAACUGUAAAAAGCUCUUGGGCAGAUCUUUUUAAAACAAAGUCGUCGAGUAAACAACAAGAACCCUUGCCUCUUCCCGUUCAAAAUCAUCAAAAUAAGUUGUCUCCAGAUCAAAACAGCGUCUCAAACGAUCAUACGGAUCAACUGACUCAGUAUUUUUCGGAUGUUUUGCAAAGUAUCUCGUUGAGUCACAAAGUACCCUUGCUGCAACCUCGAGGGUUGAAGAACAAUGGUAACUGGUGUUAUAUCAAUUCCACAUUACAAGUUCUGUUAUAUUGUCCUUCAUUUUAUCAUUUCAUAAUGAAAUUCAAAGUUAAGACUGCUCGUGGUGUUAGUCAGACUCCUAUUCUGGAUGCCUUGGUCAUGUUUGCCAGUGAGUUUUCUGAAGUUUCCGCCAAUAUCACCUCCAAGAAAUUGCAGAAUGGCAGCAGUAAAAAUGAGGUAGUAUUGGGCAUGUCGUUUGAACCUGUUUAUGUGUAUAAACUUUUGCAUACAGUGAAAACAACUAUCUCACAACAAGGGAAGCAAGAAGAUGCAGAGGAAUUCCUCAGCUGUAUCUUGAAUGGUUUGCAUGAAGAAAUUGUGAAAAUUCAAAAUGAUCAAAGGUCAUUAUCCGAAGAAGUUCCAGCUGCGUGGGAGCAAGUUUCAGGAGACUGGGAAGAAGUUGGGCCACGAAACAAGUCGACAGUGACAUGUAAAGCUGCAAUGUCUAAAACUCCUGUAGCAGCCAUGUUUGGUGGAUAUUUGAGAUCAUCCUUAGUACAAGCUGGGAUGAAAGAAUCGGCUAGCAUUCAACCAUUCUUUACUAUUCCAUUAGAUCUCCGUGGUGAUUUGAAUAAACUACAGCAGGCAUUUGACAAUUUCUUUCAAGUUGAGGAGGUUGAAGGCUUCCAGUGUGAUAAAAGUAAAGCCGAAAUUGAAGUGUCCAAGAGGUGGACAUUGGAUACAUUGCCUGCUGUACUGGUCUUGCACCUCAAGCGCUUUAUCGUGGGUAGAAAUGGAUGUGAGAAAUUAGUGAAGAAAAUAACUUAUGAACAAACAUUAGAGGUUUCAUUGGAAAAUCUUUCGAAAAUCAACAAAGUUCGUAACAAGAAUAUGUUAACAUAUAAACUGUUUGCAGUCACUUACCAUCAUGGUAAGAAUUUAAAUGGGGGACAUUAUUCAUCUGACAUUUUGCAUCCAGCUUUUGGCUGGUUGAGAGCUGAUGAUAUGAAUGUACGUCUCAUACCUACAAAGUUUGUAUUUAAUCCACUGUCAAACCGAGACCCAUACCUACUUUAUUAUUGCCGUGGAGACAUUGCUGUCUAAUUUAGUUGUUGUAUUUUUGCUGUAAUGAAUUUCACAAAAUGAUGUAUGAGGUUUUUGAUUAUUUUUUUGCUAGGAAAUAAACAUGUCCAGGUAUGACUUAA